AUGAACUGCGAACUACAUAUCGGUCGCGGGGCGCACAACGACUUGGUGCUGCCUGAUCCCCAUAUAAGCUGGGCGCACUGCCUGCUCACCUAUGCCGAACAUCAAUACGAGAGCAUCUCUCUGAAGGUGACUGCGAAGAAAACGACCAACGGAACAUUCAUCAAUGGUAUCCGCUUGAAAGCAGGACAGACGCGGGCUCUUGUCAGCGGCGAUACCAUAUCAUUCGGCGUGUUCAAAGCGCCUCUUCCGAAGACCCGACUACGAGAAUGGUUGGGUCCUGAUGAUACCCUCGAAGGCAACGGUCUACCCUCGGAACGCCGAAGGCUGCAAAAUGCCCGUUGGCAGUUCAAGCUACACCUCUUCGGAUCAGACCAUGGCCCUCGUCCCAGCGACGUCAGUCGCGUUGUGCGGGAGGCUUGGAAGGAUAUCUUCAAUUGCCGUCGAAGCAUGGGGACCUCCCGCUCGGUAUUAUCACGGCUGAAGGGUGUAGAUUACCCGCCCUCAACGGCGGGCUCUGCGGUCGAAGGCGAUGUGUCCCCGAGGCGUCCAACAACUCCGCUUUUCCGCCCGCCCCCAGACAAGUUCGCGUCAACAGGGAGGGGCUCGAGAGUGGACUAUCAGGGAGGCGAUGGCUACUUCGGUCUCGUCAAGGACCCGAGCGCCCCGUCUUGGUACCAUCCUGACAUCAUUUGGCUCGGUGAAGUACGCCACAAGCCUGACCCACUGGGCUACGAGCUUCCCUUCCCGUUCAAAUACUGGUCGUCUGUGUACGGUCUCCCUCAAGGUUUACAUCCCCUCUGGGCCGAGUUUUCGUCUGCCGUCUAUGGAGACGACUGUCCUGACGUCGGGCGUGAAUCGGUUCUGCUCCUGGGCGUGCCGCCAAUGCCAGAGUGGUUGAGCGCCCAGAUCCCUGAAUACGCCGAGCGGCGCGAAGGAGCCGAGCGUGCCACAUUCGACUCGAUGGCCCGACGAGUGGAGAUAGAGCGACUGUAUACGGAGAGGCGUGAGCAACAAACGGACUCACACACACUCUCUCUUGCCGAGUCAUCUACUGCAGUCACUCCAGCGUCUUCGUCUCCGAAGAAACGCAAGCCUACCGUGGAUAGGAGCCCGCAUCUUCCCUGUCCCUCGACUUCGCACGAUGAUAAUGCUCGCCCUCAUGAUCUCGAACCUCCACGGAAACGCAAGAAGCGAGACGCUCUUACAAACCUCGGCACCGCUUCUGAUCACACAAUAAACUUACGUCGCGCUCGCCUCUCUGCCUCUGUCUCGACUCCUACACAGGGCAGUUCGACUCCCGUCGACGAGAGCCGCCCACGUAAAGGCACACGUCCUCAAGAUGAGGAGCCGGCACUGCGAGGAGCCCCUAUGCGCGUGGCGGGCGCGAUCAAUGUGGCUGCGGUGACCACCGAUCGCGCGGUUUCUCGUCCUGUGAAGCGCCGACGUCUCGAGCCAGACUCCGAGCGAUCCGCCCCACAGCCUCCCGCAAAACGAGCGUCUCGCUCCGGCAAACGCACGCCAGAAGCAACAGGAAAAGUGCAGCCUCGUGCAUCCGAGCACCAGCAAGCCGGCGUCGAAGGCACCCGGCCUGCAUCGAAGAGAAAGCGGUCGGAUCCCAGCGACGGCUCGACUCCUGCGGCAAUCGACGACGCGCCUCAUCCUGCCAAGCGACAUCGCACGAUGCCACCGAGCGAAGAGGCCGGUGGACCGGAUGUCGGGAAAGCGCGACGAUCCACACGGUUGAAGGGCAAGACCGCUCCGCGAUACCGCUGA